AUGAGAAAAUAUGAUGUUAUUACCGUCAACAAACGAAAAGGUAUUGCGAGCUAUAAAGAUAAGGACUUUAUGAUAAUCGGCUUGGCACCUUACGAAAUAAAUAAAAACUCUUUAAAUAUUGAAAUGAAAUCGUUCAACUACGUUCAACUUUUAGUGUCAGUUUUUGGCUGGUUUGCUCUUUCUGUUGUCAAAGUUCGAACAUUAAUCUUUACAUUCAAUAACCUAUUUGGACUUCAUUCAGAACUUCUGGAUCAUAUUCGGAAAUUAAUUCUACACAUAUUAUUAUACUAUCUCAUCAUGGAGGUCUGGUGGAUAAUUUAUUUGCAGUUUAUUGGAAGUGUUAACUGUGUCAACACUCGUUUAGAUGCCUUGCAGAAUAAUAUGAGCUUAAUCCUACCAAACGAGCCAUAUGAAAUUUUCAAAGUUCAGAAGAAAGACAUGCAAGAUGUUGGAAUUUUGUAUGAUUUAUUAGCAGAUAUCUCUGAAGAAAUUAAUUCAGUAUUCACAAGACAAAUUUCAGCUCUGAAGAAAAAAAUUAUUAAUCGUCCAAUAAUUUUCACCUGCGGGUUGUUUAACAUCGAUUGGACAAUUGCAUUAUCAAUAAUUGCUGCAAUCACUACUUACUUAACUAUAAUUACUCAAUUUGAUAAAUAA